GCGGCUUGUUGACUUAUUGCGGUACCAUUAGGGAAGUCGCCCAAGAAUUGAUUGCUAGUUGCGACUGAUUCUUUUUGGGAAAAAUAUAAUAUAGGGUGAAACAUGGAUUUGCGUGCCGAUGAUCAUUUGAUUGGGUUAGACUUUCAGAAAGAUCACCCUGUUGACGUUAGGGAAAAGAAGAGAGGAACUAAAGCCAAGAAAUAUAGACUGAAAAACAAGAUCAAGGUUACUACGAUUAAUAAACAGCUCAGAAUACCUCGGCCUAUAUAUUCUUUUCAAAAUAAAAAUUGCUAUAUUGAUGAUAAUAUUCUUCGUAACUUGUCGGAGCUGGCAUACAAAGUCCCAACGCCUAUUCAAGCUCAGAGUAUUCCAAUUAUGAUGGAGCAUCGUAAUCUACUAGCUUGUGCACCAACAGGUUCAGGGAAAACAGUCGCCUACCUACUUCCAGUGCUUAAUGAAUUAUUAUUAACGAAACCUCCUGACCGUGUUAAUUCGACGGAUACUCUGGAUGGAAAUAUGCAGUUAGAAAGUAAAAUAUUUCCAUUCGCUAUUAUCUUGGCCCCCACCCAAGAACUUAUGCAUCAAAUCUGGUCUGAAGCGAUUCGGUUGUGUCGUGGUGUCCAAGGAGACUGUUAUGUGGCAAUGCUCAACCAAAAACACUAUUCUAAUCGGUGCAAAAAAAACUCAGAUAAGACUGUUGCGACUGCAAGUGUACUACAGAAUUCGAAGAAGUCACGUGAAUUAAGACUACAUGCGAACACAAGAAUCCUAAUUUCAACGCCAAGUCGGUUAAUUGCUUUGUUAUCUCUUCCACCCAAGCAAUGUCCGUUUGACUUCUCCAGACUUUGUUGGAUCGUGGUGGACGAAUGUGAUAAGAUGCUAGAAGUAAAUUUUGGCGAUUUGUCUCGUCUUAAGUCAGAACAUUCGGACAAAGAGAAAUAUCGACCUCGUGGAUUUCAUGAUCAGCUAGCUGCUAUCCUCGAGGCCACGAAGACCGUCCAUUCCAAUGAACAGUUACAGACUAGGCCUGCUAUCGCUUUGUUUUCAGCCACUAUUCCUGAUGAGGUUGUACUGUGGGCGAAAAGUCAGCUACCUGCUUUCCUGCAGACUGAUAAUUUCGCCCUGGAAUUAGUCCAAUUAAGAGUGGGUAUCCGAAAUGCUGCUGUUUCUACUGUCAAACAAGAGUUGCGCUACUGUGCUAAUGAACAAGGGAAACUUUUAGAAAUGCGUUACCUGCUUGCUAAUGGACUAGCUUAUCCAUGUCUGAUUUUUAUGCAGUCUCGAGAGAGAGCUAAUGAAAUCCUUAAAGAAAUCCUGCUAUCUGAUGCAAACAUUUUGGUAAAUGUUAUUUCUAGUGAUAAAACGAUAGCUCAACGUUCCCAAGUUGUUCGUGCUUUUCGUGAAGGAAAACUUCAUGUUCUCAUUUGUACAGAUAUAUUGGGUCGUGGAAUUGAUUUCAAAGGCGUCAGUAUGGUAGUCAAUUAUGAUGUCCCUGCAUCAGAGCAAGAAUAUAUACAUCGUGUCGGUCGAACUGGAAGAGCUGGUCACCGUGGAAGAGCUGUUACAUUGUGGAGUGAUGCUGAUCUUCCGCAUAUCGAUGGUAUCUUAUCAGUAAUGAAAAGAAGCGGUUCAGAGGUUGACGCAGAACUAGACAGACUUGUGAACCAGUGGAAAACACAUCGUUUAAACACACUGUCCAAAAACAAAGAAUCUAAUGCAGAUCGAUGUAUGAGUAGUGUAAUUAGUCGUCGACGUGGAGAAAGGCGCCUCGCCUAUAAAAUCCUCAAAAAUUCGGACAGAAAAAGAAGUAAAACUGCUGAUAGUGAAGAUAAGACACUCAGAAAAGCUAUUGACAUUUUUGAACAAACAGUCAGGCUCAUUGAUUCUAAACUCCGCGUAGGUGCUGCAGUACUGAAGAAGAUUUCCUGAUGUAUAUUUAUCGUCUUUUCUAAUUAAAGAUUACUUUAUCACUCAAAGAUCAACACAGUAUAGUGACUGUAAAAUCCACUGGCAACAAAUCUAUGUGGCUAUACGCCACAUUUCACUAUCACAGCGUAAACACUGAGUUGCUGACCGCCUGAGAGACAGCAAAUUCAAAGGUAAUGAAAGUUGGUAAGGGCAAAAGAGCCUUUUGUAUCAAUACUGAGUUCGCCGGCCAAGAAUUCAAAAGUAUCGAAGCAACUUUGCGUACACGUGAAGCCUUUGAUAUGUUCAACCACUUCACUCCGUGUCUUACACGUAGAAGUUUAUGCAUACCAAUCGUGGAACCUAGAAUAUUGAAUACCACACUAGUCAGGUUGAUCUUGUUUGAAGAAGAACAAGAAAGAAUAAAUUUGCAUGAGAAAAUGACAUCAUUAUUUUAGUUCAAACUAAUCAAGGGGACUGAGUGAUUACUUAGUACGAUUUGUUUUCUUUCUUAUAGACUAUAAUGAUCAGUUCGACGGAAAUAUCUUGAUUUGUGCCACACAAUAACAAGUAUCUUAGUUAAUCUAAUGAAUGACUCACUACCGACUUUAAAUACUAUUGGGGUUAGAUUCAGCCGCUUUUUCCGCACUUCUGCUAGGUAUCUGAUGUUCAUGUCCCAUGAAGACUGAAUUUAAAAGACGAGCAACUACAAUCCUUCUGAACACAUCUACUGAGUAUUAUAUCUGUUGCUCCAGUUGUCUCACCUGAAAAACUACUGAAAUUUCAUCCCUUUACUGCAUUGUUACACAUAACUUUCCGAGACUCGUCUUCUAAAUAACUCCAAAUCGUUGACGGGUAUUUCAUCUUCUAAUGCUUUCUUUUCUCUCAGCCCCUAUUGUUCACUAUCGUUAUAGACUUCUGGUGAUUCCAACCAGCCUUCCUUCCUCUUCAUGUUCAGAGCCGGUAAGGAAUCGGUCCCACUAGAUUUUAUUAGUAUUUGUAUGUAGUUUAUCAACUCUCUUAAGCGUAGUUUGUUCAGUAGACGUAAUAUGGUGUCGUAACUUUUCAGUCUAAGUAUUGCUAUCACUCUCAAAUAAGUGGUGAUUAUCAUGUCAUGUACUAAAUGGUUAACCCAAAGCAAUUUACUAAUGAAGUGAGAAUGUUUGAUUAGUAAAAUCUGUCUUAAAUUGAGACCAAAACUUAUGGCAUUAUUAGGAUCUAGAACGUUAUUCCUUAAUAAUACUAUAAUAUUCCACUAUUGUGAUCGCGUUACUAACCGUCGGGAUUAUUAUGCAGUGGUCAUGGUAUUUAAUUUUUGCUGUGCCACUAUAUAUACAAUAUAGCCACAAAGAUUUCAACUGCCAAGUUACCAAUAUUUAUCGAUUGGAGACUUCCUACACUAACCAUCUAGUAACAUGUAACUUCCAAAUAUUUUAAUUUGCUCAUUUUUAACUAAAGACUUAAACAGUAUUACUUAACGCUUGACGAUUUUAUUCAGUGAUUUGAAUAUCUUUUGUUUGUCAUUUUAGGAGCAUGUGGUUGAGGCCUUGGAAUCCACACAGAGGUCGUAUCAGUGAUGUGCCUGGAGCACUAAGCAAAAAACACGAAACUAAGUAAACCGGCUGUAAUUACAUUUCCCCCUUACUGCUCUGCCAAAAUACACAGAUUGUUUUUUUUUAUUUUAAUGCAUGGGAAGGAUAAUCAGUAGGAGAAUUACAGCAAGGUCUAUAAAAUCUAGAAAUGCAGGGUUCUAGCUCAAAACACAAGUUUGCGUGGAAAACAGAAUAGUUAUGUAGUACAAAUAUAAAGUUUGUCAUG